ACAUGACUGCGGAUUAGUUAUUUAUGUGAGCAAAUGGUAUUAGAAAAUAGUAUAAAAUGUACAAAGAAGACAAAUAGACCAAAGUAAUGAACAGCUGUAGUGUAAUAUUUAGCCAGAGAGAAGAAACAAAACGAUGUCUAAUUGAAUCGUUCCGUAUACAUCCAGUUUAACUCUUUAGCCAAAUACCAAAAACACUGGUAUGGAUACUUCUUUAUCCAAUUAAACAUAAAAUAAUGAGGUUUGAAAUAAGCUAAUAAUUUUUAAAAAGAAGAAAAUGGGCUGUGUCAGCAGCAAAGAUAUAAAUGACACGCACCCAAACAUAUUCCAAGUGGCCAAUGUGAACGAUUCCGGCGUCUCUAUCUGCCCAGGAAAACUACAAGUCACCGACACCGAACUAGUCUUAUACCAAAGAAACAAAACACCAACCAGGUGGCCGUUAAGAUCGCUCCGAAAGUACGGCUUCGACUCCGACGUCUUCAGUUUCGAGUGUGGCAGAAGAUGCGCCACUGGAGAAGGCAUUUACGCCUUUAAAACGCGCAAAGCCGAGCAACUCUUCAACCUAAUGCAACAAAAGAUAAACGGGAACACUAGCACCGAAGAGAAUGGCGGCUACAACUCGCCAGAGACGAACGGCGUGCCCCAAGCGUGUCCUUUCAGGAUUCCGUCCCAAAUAGAAUCGAUAGCCAUGCCCCAAAAUGUGAAUCGGCACGACAGCAGACCUGGGUCCAUUGUGGGGCUGGCAACGCCCUCUCCCCCACCGAUAACCGAUCCUUGGGAGAGAAACAACAACCAAAGACACCAAGAACCGACGUACUUGAACGUUAACCCCGCUCGAGCCGAGAUGAGAAAUUACCAAAACAUUGAGGUUGCAGCCACAUUAAGUGAGGUUAUCGACGCGGAAAGUGAUCCAACUCGCGCCUACAUGAACGUGGAAGCCUUAAAUCACAAGCCCAACGAACAGGCUCGAGACUAUGCCAACAUAAACCCAGAUGAUUGUGAUCUACCGGCACCCAGCAUAAAUUACGCUGCUCUGGAUUUGUCCUCGUCCAGCAGACACCCGAGCAACACCGAAUCGGCCCCCGGCAGCCCUUUGAAGCAAAAAAAGAGCUACGCCACGAUCGACUUUCAAAAAACUAACGCUCUCUCGCAAUCCAUCAACCCCAGUAUAGACACUGAGGAAGGCAGCAGGAAAACUAGACACAACUCAACAAUCAGUGACAUUACAACAAGACACAGCAAUUCCGUGAGUGAUUAAUAGUGAUUUAACAGUGAUUUAUUUGCCGUUAAUCAAGCAACGUUGCCUAAUUUUGCAAAUAACGGCGAUUGGCGAAACCGCGAUUUUUAAGAAUAAGCGAAAUCACCUCUAAAUAUUCGCUUUCUUUGGGGAAUCCAAGCCAAAUAAUUUUAAUAAUUAUCAAUUCCA